UCACAUGGCAAUGCACAAUCCGGCUGAGCAGGGGAAAACCCGAGAGGUGUCCUACUUAAAAGCGAGCGCGGCGCUGUAUCUGUCACACUCACUCGCCCUCAGGCACUUGAAGACACAUCAGCUACACUGAAGCAGCAACUCUUAGAGCCUCACUCCGACUUAGACCGGCAAGGCAAGCACACCGAGGAACAAUGGCAAGCUGCAGAGUGUUUCUUCUUUCAGCCCUGUGCGCCUUCAUCAUCCUCACCACCGUUAUCGACCAGACACAGUCAGCCAGCUGUUGUGUGUACUAUGCAAAGAAACAUGUGAAUUGCAACAGAAUCCUCGGCUACACCUACCAGACCGUGAACCAUGCCUGCGACCUGGAGGCUGUGAUUUUCCAUGUCCCAGGAAGGUUUAUAUGUGCCGACCCAAACAGACCCCACACUCAGAAACUGAUGAAGUGCUUUGAUGAAAGGAAGAAGAUCAUCAAACAAGAAGCCCUGAAAGCCUCUACAUCAGCUUAAUCUUUUAACGAUAGAUGACAUAACCCACAAACCACCAAUUACUGCUUAAAAUAAAUACACACAUUCUGCUUUUGAAACUUUCUAAAAACUGUAACAGGGACUAUCAUGUGAUUGUUUUUACUUUCCCUUCUUAUUUAUGUUCUGUUUUAUAAACAGGGAAGUGUAGUAUUGUUAAUAAAUACUUAACUUUAUGCUUUUGAAAAACAAGCUCCAAACACUAAUAUUGCUUAAGUUUGUAUAUUUAUACAUUGUUGGUACUAUAGCAUUUUAUUUAAAACUAUUUUUCUGUCAGAGAAAUGGAGUAGUAGUUGUUUUACACAACUUCAAAGUGAGGACUUGUGAUUGAUAUUGUAAAAUGUCUUAAUAAAAUAAAGAUUGUAUUAAUAAAACAUGUACUGAUUGUUGGUUCCUCUUUAUAUGCUAUAAACCUGUGAGACAGUGUCUCAACUUCAGAGAAACAUUUUCAGCUCUCGCAUUUUAAAAUCACACUUUAUAUCAAUAUUUGAGCAGUUUUAUCUCUUUUUUACUGAAAACUACAAAAAAAUUUUUUUACAGUAUUAGAGCAGUUUAAGAUUUCAUAAUACUUUAAUAAUGCUUCAUUUUUUGUAAAAAAAAAGUUGGAAAUUCAAAGUGCAACAGAUCAAGAUGAGCUCUUUGAAAUAUAAAUUUGUAUAUGUUCUUUUCUGUAAUGUUAAUCUGAUACACUGCAAUUGAAAUUUCUUACAUUAACAAUGAUCAAGUUACUCAGUCCUGCAGACCUUCUGGUGUCUCGGUUCAUCUAUCCAGAUCAAGGUUGUUAUAGUUAACUAAAACAAACUAACUAAAACUAAAAUUCAAAAAUCAUUUUAGGUAACUCAAACUAAGUAAAAACUAAACUUUACCAAAAAAAACAAAAACUAGUUAAAGCUGUGU